AGACGGGAGCUUAGGUAAGGCGCUUUGCUCGAUUGAGAGGCCACCUCAGCUUCACGUCUAUUAUAGCUACAGCUUCCGCAAGCAAGGUGGUAGAUACAGCUUCAACAGUCUCCUACUUCUUUACUUACCGGCCACUUGGCCCCUUUUUCUUCUCUUUGGAACCAACCCCAUCUUUUGUUUUUGUCGCCAACAUGCGUUUCCUACAAUCGCUUCUCUCUUUCGCUGUGCUUGCGACGGGUGUCGCAGCCGCCAAAAAGUCCUCCACCGAGCGGUUCGAUGAAUUCCAUGCCAAACAGAGCUCGACACCGCUCAAGCUGAAAGAAUCGACGUACAAAACCCUGACCUCCACACCAAGAGACUACAGCGUUGCUGUUCUCCUCACUGCUGCCGAUGCACGAUUUUCUUGCCAGCUCUGCCGUGAGUUCCAACCUGAAUGGGACCUGUUGGGUAAGAGCUGGGCCAAAGGUGAUAAGGCCGGCAAUUCUCGACUGAUUUUUGGCACACUGGAUUUUGUUGACGGCAGAGAGGUUUUCAUGUCGCUUGGCCUUCAAACCGCCCCUGUCCUCCUCUUGUUCCAGCCCACGGUUGGUCCCCAUGCUGCUCAAAAGCCAGAGCCGCUGCGAUACGACUUCAGUGCCGGACCCCCGACUGCCGAAAAGGUUCACUCCUGGCUCGCUCGUCAGCUGCCUGACCGACCUCAUCCCUCUGUCAAGCGACCUUUCAACUAUGCGGGAUGGGCGAUUACCAUAACCAUCGUCCUCGGAGUUGUUACUGCAGGUGUGGUGGCUUGGCCGUAUGUGUCUCACAUUUUGCAGAGCCGCAACCUCUGGGCAGCCUUGUCCCUGAUGACCAUUCUCCUGUUCAUUAGCGGACAUAUGUUCAAUCACAUCCGCAAGGUUCCCUACGUUACUGGUGACGGACGUGGUGGGGUCAACUACAUCGCGAGCGGUUUUCAGAACCAACUCGGCUUGGAAACACAAGUGGUGGCAGCAAUCUAUGGUGUUUUGUCAUUUUGCGCGAUCUCUCUUGCUAUCAAGGUCCCACGAAUUGCUGAAGCCAAGUCUCAACAAGUCGCAGUCAUUGCGUUCGGUGGCGCCCUGUUCCUUGUCAACAGCUUUCUGCUGAGCGUGUUCCGUGUCAAGAACCCUGGCUAUCCAUUCUCUCUGCCGCCCUUCAUGUAAAAUGAUAUAGUCGGACGGAACGAAAACAGCCGCUAAAUGUUUCGAGAAUACAUGACGUGGACCAGCAGUCACUAAGGAUCAGGAUCAGCAUCGUUGUAGUGAGGUGACUUACCUUGCGGCGAGUAAGAAGGACAAAAGCAUGUUGUAUGAUAUUUCCCAAAUAGACCUUUGCUAAGAAAUGACGGAAAGAUUCCAAGAUUCUUCACUCCUGAUCAAUGGCGCUCCUAAUUGCGGCUUUGAUGUAAAUACAUGGAAGUCUUCUGGCCAAUGUUG